GAUAAUGAGUCAAUCCGGAAGUGGAGUGUCCCUGUGCACUUUCGGAGGUGUCAAAGAAAAGACGUCGCCGCGGACAGACUGUAACGCAGGCACGCGCGCGAAGGAGAUUAUGAAAUGUAGAGGGACGAAGAAGGGGACGUCGGGCUGCUAUUAUCCGCGCUAAAUGUCCACCCAGAGUUUCUGAAUGAGACACGUCUGAAUGGCGGUAGAGCUGAGGUAGAGGAGGGGGUAACAGCGCGGAUAUGGGAAAGACUGAAUCCGGAGAGACGGUGGGGUAUUGGCACCGGUAAAUGGGAGACACCUGGAGUCGGAGGACAGAAAAGUAAGGGGCAAAAGACCAAACACGGAGAACCCCCGACAGACGACCCGUCUACAUUUGGAGCAAUGAAGAAAGUUCUGAUGUGGAGAGAGAGAGACACUGUGCCUCUGAGGGAAUGAGACUGCUCGGUCUUCAGUCCUGUCCUCGCUGCGCUCUCUCCUGUGGUGUCACUGGGCCAUGGUGCGGAAGAAAGGCGUGGUCAUCCUGUGUGGAGCCUUCCUAUUCGUCGCCUGGAACGCUCUGCUCCUGCUCUUCCUCUGGGGGCGGCCUCCCAUUGGCCGGCUCGGGGAGGUGGGCGGCGCCGAGCCGGGUGGCAGGGAGGAGUGGGGGGCCGGCAGAGGGGGCGGGGCCGACCUGGCGGGGGAAGUCAUCCGAUUGGCCGAGGAAGUGGAGUCGGAGCUGGAGACCCAGAAGCACCUGCUGAAGCAGAUCCAGAGUCACCGGUCGCUAUGGGAACGGCGGAGGGAGGUGGGAAAGAGAGCGAUGGCGGCGGCGAAGGAGGAGGAGGAGGAGAAGAAGAAGGGCGGCGAGGCAAAGGGACGUGCUGAGGGGUCUCCUCCACCGCCCCCGGCCCUGCCCCCAAACCAGAACCAGAACAGCGUGGAGAACGCGGACCAAGUUAUCAGCAAAAACGCCAAAGGUUCGCUGGCCCCUCCUCCUUUCCAUAGGGGGGGGUCGGACGCCGUCGCAGAGGAGCCGCCGGCGAACCGGAACAAGCCGGCCACCCUGGUGACCCCCCCGCAGGCGGUCAUCCCCAUCCUGGUCAUCGCCUGCGACCGCGUGACCGUCAGGCGCAGCCUGGACAAGCUGAUCCAGUACCGCCCGUCCCCCGAGCUCCACCCAAUCAUCGUGAGCCAGGACUGCGGCCACGCCGACACGGCCAAGGUGAUUGGCUCCUACGGCGCUCAGGUGACCCACCUCAGGCAGCCCGAUGUCUCAGACAUCCGGGUGCGGCCCGAGCACAGGAAGUUCCAGGGCUACUACAAGAUCGCCCGCCAUUACCACUGGGCCCUGAACCAGGUGUUCACCGUGCUGUCCUACGACACCGUCGUCAUCGUGGAGGACGACCUGGAGGUGGCGCCGGACUUUUUUGAGUACUUCCGGGCGCUGUACCCGAUCCUGCGGUCGGACCCGACGCUGUGGUGCGUGUCUGCGUGGAACGACAACGGGCGGGACGGGCUGGUGGACGUGGGGCAGCCAGGCCUGCUGUACCGAACCGACUUCUUCCCCGGCCUGGGCUGGAUGCUGCUGCGGGACCUGUGGGCGGAGCUGGAGCCCAAGUGGCCCGCGGCAUUCUGGGACGACUGGAUGCGGCAGCCGGACCAGCGGCGGGACCGCUCCUGCGUGCGGCCCGAGGUUUCCCGGACGAUGACCUUCGGCCGCAAGGGCGUGAGCCUGGGCCAGUUUUUCGACCAGUACCUGCGCUACAUCAGGCUCAACUCCGAAUUCGUGCCUUUCGCCCGGCUGGACCUGUCCUACCUGCUCAGGGACGGGUACGACCGCAGGUUCCAGAGCCAGGUGUACGGCGCCCCCCUGGUGAAAGUGGAGGAACUGCAGCAGGGGGGCGCGCUGAAAGGGGAUGGGCCCUUUCGGGUGCAGUAUUCCAGCCGGGACAGUUUUAAGGUCCUGGCCCGUAACUUGGGGGUGAUGGACGACCUGAAGUCGGGGGUCCCGCGGGCCGGCUAUAGGGGCGUGGUCAGCUUCCUGUCCCGUGGACGAAGGGUCUACUUAGCGCCCCCCCCCGGCUGGAGUCAUUAUGACACCAGCUGGAGUUGAGGGAGGGGACACUAGGUGGGAGGCGGGGGGGGGUUAUAUUUCAUGGAAAUAUAAAUCACGAGCGGAGGUGCCAGGAAGGAAAGGAGGAACAAAACAGCCUCUCCAAACCAAAGUAAAUAUGAAAAAAAAUCUUCUUUUUAAACUGCCCCCCCCACCGGAGGGCGUGUUCCUCUCGUCUUUUCUCACCGUAUGCACCCGACUGGGAUCCGCUGUGCCACUCUGAGACUCCGGACCAAUCAGAGGAAGAGGGUGGCAUUGUGGGCAGAGACCACUCUGAGACUCCGGACCAAUCAGAGGAAGAGGGUGGCAUUGUGGGCAGAGACCACUCUGAGACUCCGGACCAAUCAGAGGCAGAGGGUGGCAUUGUGGGCAGAGACACAAAAAGAAGCCCCUCCUCACUGCUGGAGAAAGCGGGAAAUGCACCAGGUGCAAAAAAACAAAACAAACAAAACAAAAUGGCGACCAGAAAAAGGCGCAGUCAUGGGAGUUUCGGUGUCAGAUGUCCGGUGGAGAAGGUGGAGCAGGUUAACCGGGUCGAUCUCUGCCUUCUACCCUGCGUGUCCAAACUGGGGUUUGAGAAGGAAUGUGUCCUCUGGACACUUUUUUUUUUCUGUAAAAGUUUCUCAAUCUGUCUCAAUUUUACAACAGGACCGGGUAUGGGGGACGGUUGGGAGAUUUUAGGUUUAUUUGUAAUAUAAUAAAUGAAGUUAGAUACGCAGAGAGAUAUUACCGUUUUAUUUGAUUCAUGCAGGUGGAAUAAUAAUAAAAGGAUUUUUUUUUGUCAAAUGAUAGUUGAUUAUAUUUUCUGAGUGCUUGAUGAAGCCCAUACUGUGCAGUGAAGCAUCACGCACCAGCAGUGCACCAGUGAUGUGUUUCCUGUUACAAUCCAGUUUUCAGGGUGUGCUGUACACUUACAAAAAAAAAAAAAAACUCAAAACAGGAAAUCGUUUAAUCCCCAUGACAUUACAACAGCUGUCAUUUAAGAUUAGGUUUGUUUAAAAACCAAUGUUUAUUAUGUACCUUAUCGCAUUUUCCAUUUAGCGUGGAUAAAGAUCAAAACCUAGUGGUGUGUGUGGAGGGCAUAAGUAUAUACUUUCUUCUGAGGUUCUGGAUGGUUCUUUAGUUUUGGUCGUGUUAUUACGGUGAGGUGUGGAAACACUGCCUGGGAUGUUUUUAACUUUAAUCCGUGGAGAAUAAAAGAGAGAAUUUUAGAGUUUUAA